AAAUAUGAAAUGUAUACGUCUAAGGUUCAUGAACUUCCAAAGGCAUAAAUUCCAAGUCCUCUCUUUCAUCUUGACUCAUUACAACAAUUCAUAAACUACACAAUGUCGGAGGGAGGAGGCUUGACCGUGCUCGACGGAACUGCCGUCCGAGCCAUCGACCCCGCCAUCUCGGACUCCGACACCCCUCUCUCCGGAGCCCACCUCCUCGGCCUCGCCGACUCCCUAGCCUCCUCCGCCUUGCUCGGCCUCUCAUUGCCCCAAAGCCUCAAGUCCUCCGCCCUCAAUCGCCUCCACCUGGACGAUGCCAUCGCUUUCCAUCAGUCUCUCCUCGACCCGCCUCAAGCUGCUUCUUUUCUCCGGCAGUACCUCUCGGCCAUCGCCGAUGAAUUAAACGAUGAUCCACUUGUUGUGUCUAUUUUGGAUGGAAAUGCUCUUAGACUCUUUCUAGAGGACGAGGACGAUUUUGCUAUGUUAGCAGAAAAUCUGUUUACGGACUUAGAUGUUGAAGAUAAGGGAAAGAUCAGUAGGAGAGAGAUACGGAAUGCUCUUGUUCAUAUGGGUGUUGAAAUGGGCGUUCCUCCGUUUUCAGAAUUUCCUCUGUUAAAUGACAUAAUAAAGAAACAUGGAGCUGAUGAAGGAGGAGAAUUAGGUCAAGCACAAUUUGCACAAUUGCUUCAGCCUAUUCUACAAGAAUUAGCAGACACUUUGUCCGUGAAGCGCAUUCUUGUCAUCCAGAACCUCAAGAUCAUUAAUGGCUCUAAGCUGAGAAAGCUUUUAGCAGAUGAGAAGAAAUUGGAUGAUGUUGUAGAGAGUAUAUUGCGCGAAGAGCAUAAUGGAGUGGAUGCACAACAGAGUACACAGCUGAUUAGGGGUUUCCUAGAGAAAAAGGGUAGGGAGCUGGGUUUGCCACCAUUGGAAGCCAAUGAAGCAGUGGUUCUCCUUUAUGAUGCUGUAUUUGCAGAAAUUGAUAAUAAAAAAAGUGGAGAAUUAGAGAAGGCUGAAUUUGCAGUUCUUGUGAAGGAGAUCCUUCAAAAAUUUGCAGAGCAGCUUGAAGCCAAUCCAAUUUUUCAUGAUCUUGAAAAUUGAGGGAGGCAAGUUAAUGUGGCAUAUUUUAUUAUAUUUACCUGCUCAGCGAGCUUUUUUGUUACUGUUUCUGUCCCUGUUCUUGUUUUUCUGUUUUAUUUUCUAUGUUUUAUGAAUUUUUUUCUUUGGUUUUUUUACAGCACUACACUGCCUCCCCCCCCCCCCCCCCGCCCCCAAAAAAAAAAAAUAUUACGUCGAUUUGUCCCUUAAAUAAAACUUGAACAAUUUUUAGGUGCA